AUGUCUUCUCGCAUUGUAGCUGAAGAUGUUCCUGAGUCAUAUUUCGACUUUAUGGAAAUGGAUAACCUCACUCACCGCCGUUCCGGUGACAUGCCAACUCUCGGACAGCUUCUUAAACAUGUUGGUGAUGUGAGGAAGGAAGCUACUGGAGACGGUAGUGAGACGCCUGUUCAUCAUAUUGUUGACGUUGGAACAGAGUCCAGAUCACUACUUCCAUUCGUUCUGUCCUUUAACAAUCUUACCUACAGUGUCAAGGUCCGGCAUAAGAUGAGUUACAGCGACGUAUUUUCAUGCUGUCGUCGUGAGUCUCCGGUGGGUGAAGCAUCGGGGGAGUCGGUGUUUACAAGGACUAAGACUCUGUUGAAUGAUAUUACAGGUGAAGCGCGAGACGGUGAGAUCAUGGCGUUUCUCGGAGCUAGUGGCUCGGGGAAAUCAACUCUGAUAGACGCGCUGGCUAACAGAAUUGCGAAAGGGAAGCUGAAAGGUUCGGUGAAACUGAAUGGUGAAUCAGUGGAGUCUCGUUUACUUAAGGUGAUUUCAGCUUACGUGAUGCAAGAUGAUCUUCUCUUUCCGAUGCUUACUGUGGAAGAAACUCUCACCUUUGCGGCCGAGUUUAGAUUACCUCGAUCACUCUCAAAAUCGAAGAAAAAUGCGCGUGUUCAAGCUUUAAUCGAUCAACUAGGACUCCGCAAUGCUGCAAAAACGGUCAUAGGAGACGAAGGCCACCGUGGUGUCUCAGGCGGAGAACGACGCAGAGUUUCAAUUGGAAUCGACAUCAUCCAUGAUCCAAUAGUACUAUUCCUUGACGAGCCAACUUCAGGACUAGACUCCACAAGUGCUUUCAUGGUUGUGAAAGUUCUUCAAAGAAUCGCGCAGAGUGGAAGCAUAGUCAUCAUGUCAAUUCAUCAACCAAGUUACAGAAUCUUAGGUCUUCUGGAUCGCAUGAUCUUCUUAUCGCGUGGACAAACCGUUUACAGCGGCUCACCUUCGCAGUUGCCUUCAUACUUUGCAGAAUUCGGUCAUCCUAUACCAGAAGGUGAUAACCGUACCGAGUUUGCAUUAGACCUAAUUCGCGAACUUGAAGGUUCACCCGGAGGAACAAAAAGUUUAGUUGAAUUCAACAAAUCGUGGCAAAGUAUGACAAAGCUUCAUCAUGUUGAAGAUUUACCACAAAACUCAACCUCUUCUUUGUCAUUGAAGGAAGCUAUCAGCGCAAGUAUUUCAAAAGGUAAGUUAGUUUCUGGAGCAACCGCAACAAAUAACUCCAACACAAGAUCAUCUUCAUCAGCAGCGUCUAUGGUGCCUACUUACGCAAAUCCGUUUUGGAUUGAGUUAUUAACCCUUUCAAAGCGGUCCAUAACCAAUUCAAGAAGAAUGCCUGAACUAUUCGGAAUAAGAUUAGGUGCUGUUAUGGUGACAGGGUUCAUUCUUGCAACAAUGUUCUGGCAACUAGACAACACUCCUAAAGGUGUUCAAGAAAGACUUGGAUUCUUUGCUUUUGCUAUGUCAACUACUUUUUACACCACCGCAGAUGCAUUACCGGUUUUUAUCCAAGAAAGGUACAUUUUCAUGAGAGAAACUUCUCACAACGCUUAUAGAAGAUGGUCUUAUGUCAUUUCACAUGCUCUCGUUGCUUUACCUGCGUUAUUGUUUCUUUCGCUCGGGUUUGCUGCUCUAACGUUUUGGGCUGUUGGCCUAGACGGUGGAUUCUCCGGCUUUUUGUUUUAUUUUGUUAUCAUCUUUGCUUCGUUUUGGGCCGGGAAUUCCUUCGUGUCCUUUCUUUCUGGUGUAGUGCCUCAUGUUAUGUUAGGUUACACUAUCGUGGUUGCCAUUCUCGCUUACUUCUUGUUGUUUAGCGGGUUCUUUAUUAAUCGGGAUAGGAUCCCCAGUUACUGGAUAUGGUUCCAUUACAUGUCAUUGGUUAAAUAUCCUUAUGAAGCUGUUUUGCAGAACGAAUUUAGUGAUGCAGUUAAGUGUUUUGUGAGAGGGGUUCAGAUUUUCGAUAAUACACCUCUUGCUUCUGUUCCUGAUGCACUUAAGCUGAAGCUGUUGGAUAAUAUGAGUGAAACUUUGGGAAUGAAUAUAACAGCUUCUACUUGUUUAACAACUGGUACUGAUUUGUUGAAGCAAAAUGGAGUUUUGGAUUUGAGUAAAUGGAACUGUUUGUGGAUAACUGUGGCUUGGGGUUUCUUCUUUAGGAUUUUGUUCUAUGUGGUUUUGUUGCUUGGUAGCAAAAACAAGAGGAGUUGA